ACAUUUUUCAAACUCCGUGCACCAAGCCGUUAUUGUAUCACUUCCCAACACACCAGACCUGGAUGGCUGAUGGCAAUCCUUCUCAGACUCGGUAGUAUCAUCACAAUGUCUGAUUCUUCCCUAGGAAUAAAGAGAAACACAAAGGAAAAUGGUUUUCUUUUUUAUCUCAAUUCGAUCAAAUCACAGCUGCCACAGAAAAAGGCGCUGUUAUAUAUUGCUGUACUCGAAUCCGAGUUCUAUAACUCACUGGUUCAGCUCUGGCACUGACUGGACUAAGUCCGAGUUCCCGGGAGUGAACGCGUACGAUAUCUUAGGAGUUUCCGAGAUCAGCUCAUUCGCCGAAAUCAAAGCAUCGUUUCGGAAAUUAGCUAAAGAAACUCACCCGGACCUCGCCGAGUGUAAGAACGGUUCCUCCACCUCUCACCGUUUCGUUCAAAUUCUCGCCGCUUACGAGAUUCUUUCAGAUUCUGAGAGGAGAGCCCACUAUGACCGGUAUCUGAUGUCUCAGAGAAGAGUCAUGCAGAACCAUUCUGGAGAAGGUUCAACAUUGUACAUGUAUAAAACCCAAAUGACUGCACGUAAACAGAUGGAAGUUGUUGAAUGGUUGAAGUGGUAUCGAUUGGCCAUAAAUGACAUAUUGUUAGAGAAGAAAGUGGUGGUUGGAGCAAGCUAUUUUGAUGUACUUGAAGCUGAUUUUUAUUCAGCCAUACAUGCAGCUUACUAUGGCCCUAUAAUUGAGUCUAUGGAUCUUCUUCCUGACCGUUUUGAAGCAGAGGAAAGGUCUGUUUGUGAAACUCCAGAGGUUCUACACUUGGUUUCUGGACGUGAUCUUUUUGGGAUGGUCUGCCUAGUCAAUAAAAUUCCUGAAUUAUCUUCUUCUUGCAACAAGAAGUUGAAUUCUUUUACAUCUGCUUGUUUGGAUAACUGUGGAUCUAUUGAGAACACAAGCAUCUUCAUGAAUUAUGUUGAAGUGAACAAGGAUGGACUGUCUCAUAUGAAUGCAAGGAAUAUUCUAAGUCAAAUAUCAGAUGCAUAUAAAGAUUUGGAAUUGCAUGUAAAUGGAAGGGUGGUUGCUGUGGCCACUAGAGUUCCUCCUAAAGGGCAAUUUAAUGGAGUACAGAAUGAAGAUUCUCAAGAUCAAAUACAUGUUUUUCUUAAUUCAGAUGGUAAUUCCACUCAUAUUAGAAGAGGUUGUUCCCAGGAUUCCAUUUUGGACGGUGCAGUUGGACUUAAGAUUCCACUGGGAACAAUAACCGGAUUGGGAACCAGUCCUGAAGAGGGAUCAUGCUUUGUCUAUGAUAGGAGUGGUACAAAAACCCAUGUUAUAAUGAAACAUAGGACUUUACUGGUAAAGCAUAUGCACUGGUAUGCAGUGGGGGAUAAAGUUUCUGUUUGUGAAUGUAGGUGCAGUAGAGCUCGAUUACCACCAAGCAGAUUUUGGCUGUUUGAGCCUCGUUGUGGCAUGCAUGAUAUAGGUGGUUGGUACAUCGAAACAUUUGGUAGAGAUAAGAAAGGUCGAACGGUUCCAUCUCAGAGGCAUUGGGAUGGCUUUGAUGAAAGUGAACAAUAUGACAAGAGACUCCAUCCAGCAAUGUAUUUACUUGCUCUUGCAUAUAGAACACUAGAUCUUGAAGAUACAAAAAGAAGAAAACGAGCAUUCAAGAAUUUUGUUGAAAGCCAACUGUUUAGAGUUUUCCAUUGGUGCAAGAAACUUGUUUAGGAGUGAUUUCUAGAUCUUAAAGAUUCAAUAUCUGGUUUACCUCUCUGGCUUGGUUAAAUACUUCUUUUCUUAGGUGGUUGUGCAUUACCAUUUAAUUGGUUAAGCCAAUUGCACUAGCAAGUAGGAAAACAUUCUGGAGGAUGAUUCUUGCAGUAUUCAAAGGAUAAUUCAUCAGAAUUCUCACUGCAAGAAGUUUGUUUGAGGGUAGCCACUUCGGAUGUUGAAUAUCUGAUACUAUAAAUGCUUUGAAUCUGGAAUAUUGAAAUGAUUUGGUUCCAAGGUAGAAGAAGAAGCUAAUAACUUGCUUUAGUGUCAGUUUAUCAAGAUCACAUUAAUUGCCAGCAAUUUCUUCAGAAUCUAUAAUAGUGAAUCCUGCUAUUGUGGAUUACUUCAGUGGUGCGCAGAAAAUAUGGUUACCUUUAAUUCUGCAAGUAGAUCUACAAAGAUGACUUAUUGUCUAUCUUCGAGGGCUUACCUUUUCUGUUGUGUCUGCCAUCUACUCUAAAGAUCACAUCGUAUUGCCAACUUUUGCAGAAGAUGUUCUAGAAGUUUUUCUCAGAAAUUGUUUGAGAGGCAUGGAAGGGAAGGUGAUAUUCCUGAAUCUCCCAACUCUGCUAAUUCAAGUAUCAGGCAACUAUGUCUCUUGGCAGCUAAUUGGGAUGCAGAUUAUCCCAGCAAAUGGCUUAUUAAGCAUGAAAUAGAUGUUACAAACAAGUCAGUUGCGCUAAUGUGGUUCUGCUUAUACUGCUUUCCAUGUCAUUCAUGUAUUUCUUGUCAGAAAAAAUUGAGGGCCAAAUUGAAAGCUUUGCUAUAUUUUCUUUUCCCUUUAAAGGCUUUAAUGUAUAGGCUAGGAAACAGACAUGCUUUGUUCCUUGAAGUUGAUGAAGAGUCAAUAUAUCAGUUUAUUUGAUCUCCCCGCAAUGCCAUUCUUGUUUGCGUGGUUGUCAAAGGUGUGCUUAAGGUGCAUGGCGCAUCGGGCUCAAAGGGGAUUGCCUCAGGCACCGAAAGGUGGGUAACCUCACCAAGGCGCAGCGAGGCGCAGCGAGGGGCAAGGUGUGCCUAGGUGGGCCUGAGUGAGGUGGGGAAGAAAGGAAAAAGGCAAGAGGACAAGAAGAAGAAGAAGAAGCUGCCUGCCCAUCAAAGACAAACACUGCCAAAAAAAAUAUAUAGAAAGGGAGAAGGAGAAGAGGAAGAAGAGAAGACAGAAAUUAGAUGUACCUGGCUGGCUCUGGCUGCCUUUGCUCUUGAUGAUAAAACGUGGCUAUGUUUGUGUAUCGGCUGUGUAUCUCCAAUGUAGCUAAUGGAUGGUGCUUAAAAUGGGCCAAUAGUUAAUGGGUUUAAAUCUAAUUUAGAGAUUUUUUUUUA